GGCGGCAGCUCCAGAGGAAGCCCGGCGGCCGUGGCCGCUGCUUGCAGGCCGGACCCUUCCUCGCUGGCGGAGCUUUCCUUUGCGCUGGCGAAGGCGGGGCCGCAGUCGGGGCUGCCUCGGCGUCUGGGCUGACAGCAGAACAGGUGCGGGCAGCGGGGGACGUAGCUGCAUUCAGAUCUCAUUAUGUAUCAGAAAAAUGAAAAAGCAGAGGAAAAUUCUAUGGAGGAAAGGAAUCCAUGUAGCUUUUUCUGAGAAAUGGAAUACUGGGUUUGGAGGAUUUAAGAAAUUCUAUUUUCAACAACACUUGUGCAUUCUGAAAGCUAAGUUGGGAAGGCCAGUUACUUGUGAUAGACAGUUGAGACAUUUCCAGUGUAAAAAGAAAGCCCUUCAAAACCAGAAAACGUGGAUCCAGGAUGAACCACUUUAUGGGAAGACCAAGUCUAGUGUGGCUACUCAGAAUGUUAGUACUUUGUCCUCUAAAGUGAAAAAAGAUAGUAAGCACUUAAUUUCUUCUUCAAGGAAUCUUCUGAAACUCCAAGCAGAAAAGUUGCUGUCAUCAGCCAAGAACUCUGACCAUGAAUUCUGCGGAGAGGAAAGUGUCUUGGAGGCAGUUGCUGACUUACCAGCAAAUAGUCUUUUAAGUCAGGCCAGUGGUCACAGACCCAGGACAGAGCCACAAGCUUCUGACUUUCCCAUGAAGUUCCAAGGAGAGAGCCAGAGUCCAGCUGAGAGCGGCACGAUUGUGGUCACCUUGAGCAACCAUAAGAGAAAGCGCUUUUGUUAUGGCUGCUGCCAAGGGCUGGAACAUCACAGGAAUGGGGGAUCCCUGAUUCCAAAAAAGUUCCAACUUAACCAACAUAGGAGAAUAAAAGGGUCUCCUCUUAUGAUGUAUGAGAAAUUAUCCAUGAUUAGAUUUCGGUACAGGAUUCUAAGAUCCCAGCACUUCAGAACAAAAAGCAAAGUUUGCAAACUACGGAAAGCUCAGCGAAGCUGGGUACAGAAGGUCACUGGGGACCAUCAAGAGACUCUUAGGGAAAACGGUGAGGGUGGCGAUUGUAGUCCAUUCCCUUCUCCAGAAGAGAAAGACACUUCCUGUUGGCAUCAGCCAUACUUUCCAAAUAUGGACAGCAGUGCUGUGGUGAAAGGAAAGAACUCUCACAUGCCUGAUGGCCACACUAAAGGAAGCCCUUUUUUGGGCAAGGAGCGUAGUUUAGAUGAAGCAUUCCCUGAUCAACAGAAUGGCAGUGCCACAUAUGCCUGGGACCAGUCACGCUGUUCCUCUCCUAAGUGGGAGUGUACAGAGCUGAUUCAUGAUAUCCCCUUGUCAGAACAUCAUUCUAGUAACAUGUUCACCUCGGAAACUGAAGGAGAAACUGUGACUCUGGGUCAGGAAAAUCGGACAAGUACUGUCAGUGAUGAUGGGAUAAAACUGUCAGUGUCUGGAACAGAUAAAUCUGUGAGUAAUGUGGAUGGGCCUGUGUCUGAAGAAACUGGGCCAAAUGAGAACUCAUGUCAGAUGGAAGAGGAUGGAUGUGUCAAGCAGAAUAUUCUCAGUUCUAAGUUGCUGGACCACCCUUACUGUAAAAGUCCACUGGAGGCUCCGCUGGUGUGUGGUGGACUCAAACUAGAAAAUCAAGUGGGAGGUGGGAAGAAGAGUCAAGAAGCUUCUCCAGUGGAUGAUGAACAGCUGUCAAUCUGCCUUUCUGGAUUCCUAGAUGAGGUUAUGAAGAAGUAUGGCAGUUUGGUUCCACUUAGUGAAAAAGAUGUCCUUGGAAGAUUAAAAGAUGUCUUUAAUGAAGACUUUUCUAAUAGAAAACCAUUUAUCAAUAGGGAAAUUACAAACUACCGGGCCAGACAUCAAAAAUGCAACUUUCGCAUCUUCUACAAUAAGCACAUGCUGGACAUGGAUGAUCUGGCAACCCUGGAUGGUCAGAAUUGGCUGAAUGACCAGGUCAUUAAUAUGUACGGAGAGCUGAUAAUGGAUGCAGUACCAGACAAAGUUCACUUCUUCAACAGCUUUUUUCACAGACAGCUGGUAACCAAAGGAUACAAUGGAGUAAAAAGAUGGACUAAAAAGGUGGAUUUGUUCAAAAAGAGUCUUCUGUUGAUUCCUAUUCACUUGGAAGUCCACUGGUCUCUCAUUACUGUGACGCUCUCUAAUCGAAUUAUUUCAUUCUACGAUUCUCAAGGCAUUCAUUUUAAGUUUUGUGUAGAGAAUAUAAGAAAGUAUUUGCUGACUGAAGCCAGAGAAAAAAAUAGACCUGAAUUUCUUCAGGGUUGGCAGACUGCUGUUACGAAGUGUAUUCCACAACAGAAGAAUGACAGUGACUGUGGAGUCUUUGUGCUCCAGUACUGCAAGUGCCUCGCCUUAGAGCAGCCUUUCCAGUUUUCCCAAGAAGAUAUGCCUCGGGUCCGGAAGCGGAUUUAUAAGGAGCUGUGUGAGUGCCGGCUUAUGGACUGAAACUCAGCAAGGACUCUGGGAAGUCUGGCCACAUUGGAGCAGAUGGUUUGUUACUUGAAUCUCCAAACACUUAUUUGAAUUUUUACAGAUAUUUCAGAUCAGUGGUGUUGAGCCACUAUUGUUACCUCAAAUUUGUUUUUUGCCCUUAUUCAUUUCUCCAGCUAUACCAUGUACUAUUUUUUAAUGUUCAGUUUGGUUUCAUUUUUAAUUUUAUGGAUUCCGCGCGUCCCCCCCAUAUUUAAUAUUUAUUAUCCGAACGCAUGCAUAUAGACAGAGCAUGCAGUGAAGAGUAUUAAAAAAGCCUAGUAGAUUUGGUGCAGCUUUUGAAACUAGUUAGACAUGAACUGAAUACAGGUUUAAAAUUUAUUCCCAAAACCUAAAAAUGCAAGAUGUUUUUGAUACAAUUUAACUCUAAUAGACGUUCCCUGGGGCAUAAAGGGUAGCCAGGAGUGGUUUUGACAACGCCAGUCCUGUUUUACUUUUACCAGGAGCACCUUUCACUGACUUCUCUCUCCUAGUGAAUCCUAGAGAGAUGCAUUCCUUUUGAAGGGUGAAAUGGAAGUGACUGUAAACUGAUGGUGUGUUCUAUUUAUGGAGGUACACUUGGAAGCACAGUGCCUGCUUUGGGAAGCAUUAAGUAAGGUGUGAGAAAAAGAUAGUGACUGUGUGGGCCAGUUAUCUUAAGUGAAAUUUCAAGAAUUAUCAAACACAGCCUAAAUUGCAUCAAGACUUUUGCGAAGACAUUGAAUUACCUGGAUUUUUCUGGUUUUUGACCUGUAAAAAAAAAAAAUCUUAUCCAUCAAAUCAGUGGUCUAAUGAGAAUUCAGCCUCUCUAGGAGUAAUUUUCAAAUUGUCACUUCCUCUGUUUCCACUGCAGAAGAUUACAAUUUACCAAAUACAGUUCUAUAUCCAGGGUCUCAGAAAUGUGAAUAUCCAACAUUGAAGACUGAUUUCAGGUCUUUGCAGGUGGAAUGAGAAUAAAGUAAGUAAUAAAGAGUACAGUAAAUGUCCCCUUGUCUUCAGCCAUGUCAGCAACGUGGGAGGCACGCUUGGCUUCUGCGUGACCAGCCCAGCACUCCAGCACAGGGAUUUUCAUCUUUUCUACUGAACCUAUCUGGGGAAAGGCUGUAAAGUGGCCCUGACCUUCCACUUAACUGCAUCAGCAUUAAAGUAAUGGAUCUUAAAUCAUUAAUGUGGCCUUUUAUGACGUAUUUUCAAAAGAAAGGCAAUAAGGAAAGAAGUAUAUUAAACCUAUUCAGUUACCUUUUCUGAACUGGGUGUGGGGGGCAACAAAUGUGUAUAAAAGAAACUCAGAAGCUUUUUCAGAAAAAUAAGCAGUUAUACAGCAGAAGAUAAAUCUGUUUAGGCAUGAAAGGUGUUGAAAAGAAAAAGCUGAGAUGUUUAGUUGAAUUUGGCCCUGAGGGACAGCUGGGAAAGGCUGACUGCCAGCAGCUGAGGGCUGAGUCAGAUCAUGUGUACACAGAGUUCUUCACACCAGUGCUGACCCUGGGAAACAGCCCCCGCGCCUCUCUGGAGUGCUCCAGACCAAGCUCUUAGCCUAGAACUGGGUCAGUAUUUCUUACUAUGCUUCAGGUGAUUAAAAAGACUGAGAGUAGAGGCACUUCAUGCUGCUACUGGCAGGGUUGUGUCAGCAUUGGGAAAGAUGACAUUUUAAAGUGAGGAAGAUGUUUUGCUGAGGUUUUCAGACAUAAUUGUGCAAAACAGGAGAUUUUUCAAAAUUUGUUUGCAAGACACCUGCCUCUCAUUCCGACCCCCAGACUAUUACCAAAGUAGCCAAUAACAUGGCUUUGGAUACAAAAUGUCUUGUUAUUUCAAAGUGAGCUGGUAACUCACUUCCCCACUGACAGCCCAGCCAUACCAGAGACUGAAUUGUGUUCCUGCCAGAGUCUUAAAGCCCAGAACUUGAGUUGCCAUUUCCUUCAGUGUGAGAAAUGUGUGUCAUGUUAGCACUGAGCCUGCAGGGAUGAGCAUAGUGACCCUUACGUGAGCUCUCCAAGUGCAGUUACUUUUUCACUUCCAGCUUAAUUGGGCACCUUAAUGUGUGAUGCCCAGCAUGGUUUAACCUAAACAUUGAGUAUUUUGAAAGUCUGUUUUACAAGUGUGUUUGUCAUUUAUGAAACUUGGUUUCAGCACAAAUAGUUGCUUUCCUCUCUCUUCUUGUAAUUAGGUAUAAACCUCUAUUUAGCUCAAGUCCUAAAUAGGAUGUCUUUUGUCUUGAUGUUUGCAAUAACUGCUUCCUGCAAUAAAGGUAUUUUUGAAAUAACCCCUGGCUGUUGGUGAAAAAGACAGGCAUUGCUUUACUGUUAUCAGCUUGGCACUGAACUGUUUGGGUGCCCACAAGGUAGGCAGCCGUUACGCUUUUGGGGUUGAAUGCAGGGCUUGUACAAACUUUAAAAGCUGCUUAUGAAGGCUUUCAACAAGUUGUCCAAUCCUGUGAGCAAACUUACCAGGCUAUAUAGUCGCUUCUUUUCUAGUGGCCAUUCUUUUGUUAAUAGCAAUGAACAUAGGGUUUAAGUCAACUUUUAGUUAAGUUCACUUAUAGGGAGCCAACUUUCAGUUAGCUUCAUUAAAGAUAGAAAAGGAGCAGUUGCUGCUAAUAAUCCCCCAAACCCCAUUUCUGGCUUUUGCAUUGUAUUUUCUACUUAGCGUUGAAUUUGAGUGACAUGGUCAUCUUGGAUUUGCAGGUGGAAUAAAACAGUAACAGACCUAAUGGUUCACAGCCAACGCUAGCCUAAUCUAAGUUGCCCUUUUUUCUCUACACUUGUGGUUCACUGCUUCUCUGGGUUAGAAGUAAUGGGGGGGGGGGGGGGUCUGUGGGGUAUCAGUCCCUUCAGGCAAGAAAAAGUGUAUUAACAGUGUGAAUUAGAUACACGUAUUACCUGCUCUGCUUAACUUACUUAUGUUAAGAAACCAAGUUAAUUAGCAGUUACAAAGCACAUACAUUAUGUGCUAGGCUCUGCCUCCUGGCCUGAAGAGGAUUUAAGGAAAACCAUCAAAGUGCUAAUUG